GUUCACGAGUUUGUGCAGAAUCUUAUGGUCAGCCAUGCCUAUUUUUUUUUUUUCAUCAGAUCUUAGAGGUGCGCUGGACAAGCUAUUGUUCUUCCUGCUUCACUCUACUGUGCCAGAAAAAAUGCUCCAAGCAGUGCGGUUACCGAUCUGCUUUAUAAAGCGAAUACACUGCUAUGACCUCCUCUUUAUCAGUCCUUCGCCCACUGAGCCACAGCCACCCUGACUUAAAAAUGUAAUUUGUAUUUGAGGAAUGCUUAGGACGAGCUGAACCAAAUGAUGCGGUCUGUGGUUCCUAUUAGCAGGUAGCUCCGACUCGGACUCCCGGAUCCAUGUAGCUUGUAUUGCAGCCUAAAACAACGCGUCUUGACCAGGAUCAUCGGUAUCACAGAUGGAAUCCAAGGAGCGAGGGAGGGUGGACAGGAAAGACAGCGUAGAUUUCUUUGCAGACACCAGGAAGCCGUCCGUCACCUGUACAGCUCAAAUUCGGAUCACAGCCGCUAUGAUCCUCGGCAGGAACUGUGCUGACCUUACAACAUGGUGGUUACAUCCGUGUUGGUAGGAACUCUGCAGCUGCUGUAGGCAAAGAAGAGUGUACUGGCAGCAGAGGACGUGUCACUCUGGAAAGGAGCUACCAUCUGUCCAAUGAGGAAGUGGGCAGCUUAGAGGGUGUGCCAGGGUGGAUUUCCCCCCAAAUAUCUCCAGCCAGAACCUCAGUGACCUAUGUUGCAUGCAUGGCAUGAAUACAACAUGUAACAUGCCCCAGGUCUCCAGAGCGGUCCUCCACAGCCUUCGCUGGGUCUCCAGAGUAGUGCUGCACAGCCUUUGCCGGGUCUCCAGAAUGGUGCUGCGCAGCCUUCGCCAGGUCUUCAGAGCGGUGCUGCAAAGUCUUCCCCAGGUCUUCAGAGUGGUGCCACACAGCCUUCAGCAGGUCUUUAGAGCGAUGCUGCAAAGCCUUCGCCAGGUCCCCAGAGCAGUGCAAAGGAGCCAGCCUCCUCCACAUGCCGCAGAGGCCGUCGUAAGAGGGGCGCCUCCGCUCAAGUCAUUGAUGGUCCGGCUGACCGCUCGGCUCAUGUCGUAGGGGGUCCAGACGAGGCCUCGGCUCAAGUCAUUGGGGUUCCGGCCGACAACUCGGCUCAAGUCACUGGGGGUCCGGCCGACGUAUCAGCUCAAGUCAUUGGGAGUCCAGCCGACGCCUCAGUUCCUGUUUACGUCGCUGAGGGUCCUCCCAACGACUCUGAGAGGAUCAAGGACGACCAACCUCCAUCUCCAGGUCCCAAGAUCUUCCAGGGGUUUGAGAAGGAACUGAUUCUCAUCCUGGUUCCUGAGCUCUGAGUCAAGGGGUUCGAGGAGGAGCCAUCACUGGUUCCGGUUCCUAAACCCAGUAUCAGGGGUUUGAGGAUGAACCACCUCACAUCAGUCCAAGCCACUUUGUUUUGUUUCUUUGUUUUGGUUCUGGCCCUCCUUUCCGAGGCCCCAUCCGCCUGCCCUAUUUGGAUUGUCUUGUUUUGGUUCUGGCUCUGUCAAAGCAAUUAGCUUCAUUCAGUCCACCUGCACCAUCCAAUCAGUCUCCCUGUUUCUCCUAUACCAUGCCCUUUAUAUACACUGCUGUUCUGUUCAUUCCUCGAUGAAACAUCACAGUUCACAUUCAUCUGUUAAUAAGCCUUUUUUGCCAAGCCUAUCCUGUCAAACCUGUCCUUGUCUGUUUGCCUAUGUUUCACACCUGCCUGCCACCACCUUCUAAAGUGAGUUUUUAUUAAUUAAAACUUUACUUAACACAACUCAGCCUGCUGUCUGGAUUCUGGGGUCCACCACCAUACCACACUGUGACAAUCUCCUUACCUGUUAGUUUGCGGCUGUAGGUUGUGGUAUUCUGUUCGUUUGUGACCCCUAGCCCAAAGUGGUAUAUCGCUUCCAGGGCGUGGGCGGGAACACCAAUCUGUCCGAACUACUGCACCCUGUUGGCGGUUAGACCCCACUGUCUACAACACUUUCUCUUAAAGGGUCAACUUUCAAGCAGAACUAAACUUUUAACACUUUUAUUCUAAAUAAGGUAGGGGAAUGGUUACAGAAAUCAGCGCCGAGGCUCCCGUCCUAGAUCUUCUCGGGGAUCAAAGAGACGAAGCAGCCUCAAAAGCAGGUCACAUGUAGUUUUGUAUCCGGUACUCCCGCACAAGGGACGUACACACUGUUUAUCAGUAGACUAUGCAUCACCAUUCCGGUGUCUAUCUGAUUUGGUGUGUAAUAGCAGGUGUUUGAUCCUUAAUCUAAGUGUUUCUGCGGCACUCUAAUCAACCCGGUUACAGAGUGUUUCACAAUCAAACCCAAUGUACUAAACUUUAUGUCAGACCAUAGGUCAUUUGUCCUUGUAAUGCACAUCAAUGGGAAUUCUUAUCCAUGUCCUAACAAAAUUGGAAACAUUAGAAUUUUUACUUUGUCAUUAUAAUGUGUGUGAAAACUCAUUUAUUAGUAAAAAAAGAAAGGUUAUUUCUUACAACGGUAAAUGAGAAAAUGCUUUGUGGUCCCGACAAAACAAACACUCUUUGGGUCCAGAUUUGAACCAGAGUCCAGGGUUUGGGGACCCCUGCUAUACAAAAUAGAAUGUUGGUUACCUAUUGUAACCCCAGAUUCUAUAAGUAAAGGCACAGCCCUUUAAGCUCUUGGCCUCACUCGUUCCUAAAUGGCUGAAGAAAAACGCCAUUUGGGAGCCGAUUACCCGGUUUGAGGGCAAUUUAUACAGACUGGGUAAGGCCCAACCAGCAGGUGGUCGUGCGUGCGCGAAGGGUUAAACCCACUAGUGAUAGCCUUAAAGGGCGAAGCGUAUAUGUCUGGGGUUACAGUACAUAACCAACAUCUAACAUCGUUCCGCCGCCCAGGAUAUUUACGAGGUCAGUACUAAAAACUGUUUGAGUUCAACCAAAAGGGAGCAUCAAAACCAAACGUUUGACAUGUAAAAUAAAUAAAGAUUUCUGUUUUGCAAAUAACUUUUUAAUUCAAAUUAUUUUGUUCACAAAGUGAAAAAACUUUUAUAAACAACACUUUACUUUCAAAAUUAUAAUAUUUCAUUGCAGUUUUAAACACUUUGAUCAGACAUUUUUUUUUUCGAUUGAAAUAACUGAACGGAGCACGUAAAUGGAGAUUAAAGGAACUAAAAACUUCAGGUGCGCACCAGGUAGUUUCUCAUGUGGACCAGAUACUUUCUAAUGCGCACCAGAUACUUUCUUGUGCGAUUCUUGAAGUCCUGCGGUCUAUUUCGUAUGUCCAGUAUUGAAUAUGUUUCUGGAGUAAGCAUCACAACUGUGUGCAGGUGUGUGCUGCAGUUAUGUGCUGCUGCAAAUAUAAAAAUGUUCCCUUCUCAGCCUUGAGACCAAACAUGCAUCAUUGAAUGUCAUUAUGAAUAAUGAAAUAUCUUUACGUUUGUUUUUUGCAUAAUUUAUAAAACUGUAGUAGUGGUACAUAAUGUACAUAAGAUUUUAUGUCGUGAAAUUCAUAAAGGAAAAAGCUAGGAAUAAUAAAUUUUUUUGGUUUGGUAUGAUUUGGUCAACAGAAUAAUAAACCAUGAAGUAGUUGCCUAAAACAAAUGAAAUUCCAUUAACAGUUGCCAAGUAUCAGAAAAGACAGGUGCCAAUAUGGCACAGAAUUCCUUGAAAAAAAGGUGCUAUCACCAAAGAUUAAGGUUUCUUCUGGGCUGACACGUCCAAGAAUAGAGUCGUUUGUAUGAUGACUUCACUCAGUAAGAUAAUUACUUAUGUUACCUUCUCUUAAGAAUGAGCAACCAAUGCACAAAAAUGCUUUGGUAGCACUUUUGUCUCUUCCUGCCAGUGUAUGCACAGAUAAAAUAGAAAAUCAUUACGCACGAACAUGAAUUACAAUUAGUUUUAUUACUUUUCUCCAAUAAGCAAACUAGGACAGCCUCUCCUACAAAAAGCAAGGGAGCUUGAAGGGUCCAAGUUAAGACAAAUGGAAGAAUACCCCUUGGAUGUGGACAGAGAUUCUGGAGCAAAAAACCCCCACACAAUAUAAGUACACUCUCAACAUGUAAUUGCAACAUUAGCAAAGCAUAUUGAUGCUAACUAGAUAUUUAUUGUCUUCAUGCAGGAGGCAACAGCUUUACAUCUUCAGAACAAAGUAAGCUUACCACAGAUGGGUUGACUAACACAAAAGAUGACUAAAUUCACAAAAUACUCACCAUUAUCCAUCACGGAAUCCAGAAAUGCAGUGACUGAGUUGAGGCCACUCCUCAUUUCUCACAGAUCUGUGGAGGAGGAUCAGAAUUGAAAAAGGAGAAAACAGGAAUGAAACAUUAAACUCAAGGAUCCAAACAGUUAUUGACUUUGUAACAAAAAGCUUUUUUUGAGAGAUGUAUAGAUUUCUCAGUUUGUUCCUGUUGAGAACUAAAGAUACUAACAAUACCUUUGAUAAAUGUCUUAUGUUUGAAUCAUAAAAUAUUUAAUUGCCACUUUACUACAAAUUAGAGAGGAUGAGCGCAAGAGUCAUCAUUCGUACAACACACUCUUAAAUUGUGUUUGCUAGUUUGUGUUUUUAAUUGUAUUAUUUUUUUAAAAGACUUUAAAAUACUUUUGCCAAAACUUUUAUCUACUCCGGUGUUUUUUUGUGUUUCCAUUGUAGUGUCAGAAGCCCAGGCCGUUUAUGUAGAUUAUGUCCUCUGAUACUGAGCAUGUCCUCAUCCAGCUGGUGUGACAAUGCAUUCUGCGAAAACAGAUCUCUGUCUACCACAAAAGCAACGUCUAGAAUCCCAUUAAAAAACUUAACUUAGACUUAUACAGCAUGUCAAUAUCAAAUUGUUUCUUAGUGUUUAUAAGGAAAAGCAGAAGAACAGCAGUGGGAAUAUGAGUGGACUAUUUAAAGACAUGGUUUAUGGCAUACUCGGAGACUGAAUUACAAUGACUUCUCACUUAGAGGAAGUUGUAAUAAUUUAAAGGGACCGUAUUCAGAUAGAUUCUUAGAGUCCCCUCAGACUAUUAAUUGACUCUUAACUUAGCCUAAAAUUCCUGACAAGGAGUCUCAGCUUAAGAGUUAUUCAGGUUGUUGCUGAGAGCAACUCUGAGCGAGGAGGGGACCGAAAUGCAGGGGGGAGACAAGCCACCCCCGAAAAUACUAAAAAGAUUGCUAAAAAGAUUCCUGCAGUGCAAUCACACCUUCAUUCAGUAGCAGCUUCUGGUAGUAAAUACAAAUGAUCGAAAGUGAUUUCUGGAUGACUCAUAUAUUAAUGCAAUCAUACAAGUUUCCUCAAAGAUAAUUCUGAUGGCUGUGGGCAGGAAGACUCUUAUGUAGCCUGUAUUGCAGUGGACCUGAAGAAGUCUGACUGAGAACACUCCGUUGUUGUAUUACAGUCUAAUGAAAAGGAUGCUCAUGGCUGUGCUCUAUAUUCGUCAUUUUAUAAAACAUUCUUUUUUGCACAUUUGGCUUUAAAGGCCCAGGAAUAGUUCUAAGAAUGGCAUCGUUUUUAUGAGCUUGUUCAGCUUUUUUAAUCACUGGCUCUGAUGCUGUGACCCCAACAGAAAACAAUGCCUCCUAUUUGGACGGUGAACACAUUUACACAGCACAUCUUCCGAUUCACAUUUUCUGACCUAAUAAACACCGGUAAGGUUAGGGACUAACUCUUUGACGCAUAAAUGAUUAUCAUCUUGUCAUCCCAUUUUUUUCCUGUUGAUUUCAAAACUACUAUUUUGCAAAGAAAUCUGCUGCAAUUUUUUUUUCUGUAGUCAAUGUUUGUUAAAUUAAAUUGUUGAAUUAAAUCAAAAUAAUCUAAAAAAUAAUUGGGAAUACACAGUAAAAGCCUGAUCGGUGAAAUUUAUAACCAAAAUCAUAAUGUCAACAUAGCAUGUUACACAUUUUAAAGAAUGGAAUAUAGCACUGAACAUAAUACUCCUUUUCCAGCUUAUUUGCAGGGCCUAAAAUCUCCCAGUCACAAAAGAACAGAAUCUAGACAAUGCUGCAAAAAAGUAGUAUAUAUUUUCUAAGAAAAUAGUCUGCUUUUGUUUCCUUGAAUGCUGUAAAAUGUUUACAAAUAGCUACAUUUGCAGUUAAUUCCAAGUUAGACAUACUGUUUUGGUCCACAAGGUGGAGCUAAAUUGAAUUAAAUUGUUAGAUUAAAUGUAAUUUGUUUUGAAGUGUUUGCCCUUUUAAAAUGGUACUUUUGGGAUGUUAUUAAUACAUGACAAGAAAAAUAGCAACAACGCCCUUUAGGCUUUUAUAAAACUGAUCAAGAGUAAGUUUAAGCUCUUUAUAUAAUGGCACCGAAGGGUGACCAGUUAUCUAGUCACACAUUUCUGUUAUUAGCUGUCCAGCUGAGGUUUUUACACAGGCCAGUAUGGCAUUACACAUGCCAGUUUUGUUUAGAAUUUAAACACAUUUAGAAUUAGAACCACAGAGGAAAUGAAACACGUUCACUUCCCUCAAGGUGAAGACAAGACAGCAGCCAGAGUCGCUGUAAGGCGACAAAACAAAGACCUCAAAGUGUAUAAUUCACAUCACAUAGAACAAAUUUUCCAUUUCUCAGUUCACUGACUCCAAGUGAACCAGAGCCACCUCAUCCUGAAGGGGAACAUGAAGUCUAUGUAUUCUCUUUAACUUGAAAUGUCACACUGUUGCACAAUCUCUCUCAUGCUGUGUUGAAUAUAGCUCUGCUUCUCGCCUUGUGCCUCCAGACAGCUACAGAGAAGUUACAACUUUACAUCAGUUCUUCACUUUGCAAAGUUUGUUUCAGGGUUUGCGCUUAACUUUUAACCAUUAAAUAUAAUAAACAUUCAAUUCAAUUCAAUUCAAAGAUACUUUAUUGAUCCGCGAGGGGAAAUUAGAACAUGUUCUCAUUUACUAAAUUAGUUUCUCAAGAAAAAAAAAAAUAAUGUCCCUGAUUCCUUGCUGAUGUAGUAUUAUUCUUUCAAAACUAAUGAAAAGGCUUUAUUUUGCAUUGUAUAAAAUUUCUAAAUUUAUUUCUAAAUAAAGGACUAUUAAAAAAAAGUAGCUCUUAAUAUGGGCUUUUUUUGUUUCAUAUCUAGAGGUUUUAGAGUGUAUCUUGUUUUUUGCAAACCUCAGUUUUGCAAUUAUCUUUGUUUAAUCACAGACUGGAAUUGGGUAGAAUGUGUUUUUGUACAAUUGAACUGAAUUAUUUUAAAACCUGCUAAAGCUCAGAUCAUUUAUAUUUUAAAACUUGUGAAUAGUCUAUGACUGUACAGAACAGAACAGAACAAAAUGGAAUAGAAUAGAAUAGAAUAGAAUAGAAUAGAGAAGUAGAACAGAAUACACGUAGUUAUUAGUCCUAGACUGGAAAAUCUAUUUGUUUCAACAGUUGGUAUCAAAAAAUAUAACCGGUAAAAAAUUGUAAACAAUAUAAAAUAUAAUUACACAUAUUUUAUUUUGGUUUUGCAACUGUAAUUAUACAUUGGACUUAAAUUUUCAAUAAAGUAAUUUUUGAUGUCUAUAGCAUACCACCAAUCCAACACUCUGAAUUUGGCAUUAUUUUCAAAGACAUCAACGCAUUUCAAAUAAAAGUUAGCUAUGUGUCACCAGUGUUCUUUUCUUUCUUUCCUGUUGUACAACUGACAUGUUGGUCAGUGAGCAGAUUUAAAAAAGGAAGUAAAAGAAUAAAAUUGUUAAGGAAGUCGUUGAAAUGAGGAAGCUUAAGAACUUACACAUAGCACUUAGACUGAAGGUUAGUCUGCUCAAGUUGGACAACACUGCCAGGAUCACCUGUAAUUUGCUCACAAUUUUUUGUGUUUGUUUUAAUACUUUUUGUGUUUAAGGACCUGGCUGAAGUUUAAAUGUAGAUGACCUGUUCAUAUGAUUUACAUUUCUCUGCCAGCUACUGAAGGACUGAUAGAACUAAACUAGACAAGGAUCUGUCUCUGGAACACGCUCCUGUUUUCAAAUUUUCAAGAGGAAGCCACCCACAAGAGGUCAACAUGGCUGACAUUGUGCAUGCACUGCCAUUUUUCUAUGGCAAUAUAACCAGGGAGGAGGCAGAAGACUACCUUAGGCAGGGAGGAAUGAACAACGGCUUGUACUUAUUACGGCAAAGUCGAAACUAUCUUGGAGGCUUUGCAUUGUCUGUGUCUAAUUCAGGUCGCUUCUACCACUACACCAUUGAAAGACAACUCAAUGAAAUGUAUGCUAUUGUUGGUGGUAAGAGCCACAGGAGCCCUAUGGAUGUGAUUGACUAUCAUUCUCAAGAGAUGGAUGGCCUUGUGUGUCUACUGAAGAAGCCCUGCAACAGACCAAAAAACAUGCGGCCAAAGGUUGGCCCAUUUGAGGACUUGAAAGAAAGACUGAUCCGGGAGUACGUGAAGCAGACUUGGAACCUACAGGGGGCAGCCCUCGAGCAGGCCAUCAUCAGUCAGAGGCCUCAGCUGGAGAAACUCAUUGCCACCACUGCUCAUGAAAAAAUGCCCUGGUUUCAUGGAUCAAUAACACGAGAGAACUCUGAGCCCAGGCUUCAGAAUGGUUCCCGUACAAAUGGAAAAUUCCUGAUUCGACAAAGAGAUCAAAAUGGAUCAUAUGCUUUAUGUUUGCUGCAUGAAGGCCAAGUGAUGCAUUAUCGCAUUGACAAGGACAGCACUGGCAAGCUCUCCAUCCCUGAUGGAAAGAAAUUUGAUACCCUGUGGCAGCUGGUGGAGCAUUACUCAUACAAACCAGAUGGCUUAUUACGAGUACUCACAGAGCCAUGUCCAAGACCUGAUGGUGAAACUGUGCUAAUCGGGCGGCCAGUACCCCCACUGAACCACCCUGGAUUAGGAUCUGCCAUUCUAACUGCUGCAGAUGGACUUCGCAGCAAGUUGGUUCAGCUCAACUUACCCGGAAGAAAGAGCCGUAAACAUCGAAACAACAACACUGACCUCAAUCCCUAUGAAACUAGGAUGUCCAGUAACCAAGCAGCAAGCAAAGAGGCAAUGCCAAUGGACACAGAGGUAUAUGAAAGUCCUUACGCAGAUCCUGAUGAACUGAGGAGCUCCACUGUGGAUCGCAACCAACUAUUCUUGGAGGAUGGAGAAUUGGGUUCAGGAAACUUUGGCACUGUCAUGAAAGGAAUCUACAAGAUGAGAAAAACAGAGAAACCAGUUGCUGUUAAAAUUCUGAAGAAUGAUGAUAACAACCCAUCAGUAUGUGAAGAAAUGUUACGGGAGGCAAAUGUCAUGCAGCAGCUGGACAAUCCUUACAUCGUUCGGAUGAUUGGUAUCUGUGAGGCAGAAAACCUCAUGCUUGUCAUGGAACUGGCUGAACUGGGUCCACUAAACAAGUUCCUCCAAAAAAACAAAAACACAUCGGUAAAGAACAUCACAGAGCUUGUUCAUCAGGUGUCUAUGGGAAUGAAGUACCUGGAGGAACAUAACUUCGUUCACAGAGACCUUGCUGCCAGAAAUGUACUGCUAGUUACACAACACUAUGCAAAGAUCAGUGACUUCGGCCUCUCUAAAGCUGUUGGAGAAGAGCAAAACUACUACAAGGCCAAGGGUCAUGGGAAGUGGCCAGUGAAAUGGUAUGCUCCUGAAUGUAUAAACUAUUUCAAAUUUUCAUCCAAAAGUGAUGUGUGGAGCUUCGGUGUGCUCAUGUGGGAGGCAUUUUCCUAUGGCCAAAAGCCAUACAAGGGAAUGAAAGGAAAUGAUGUUAUGCAGAUGAUUGAGAGUGGAAAACGCAUGGAGCCACCAGUGAACUGCCCAACAGAGAUGUAUGACCUCAUGACGACAUGUUGGAUAUAUAAGGUGGACGAAAGACCUGGAUUUGCUGUUGUUGAGCCAAGACUGCGAGAAUAUUACUAUGACAUUGCACAGUGAUUCAUUACAUAGAAGAUAUUAGGCUAUGCAAUGUUUUGAUUGAUAAGAUGAUCUGUCAUUUAUAAGCAAUGCAUCACAAAUGCCCUAUGAAGUAGAAAUUAAGUCAUUUACAUGCAUAAAGUCAAGAACAUUUAGCAUUUUAGUGAAGCUGUGGCUCUGAAAAAUUUGAGUGAUUGUCCUUCACAAUCAGCUGUAGGUAUUAUAGUUCAGGAUAACAUCCUGAAUCAUAUAAUUGUCUCUAAUUGAUGCAUUCCUGAUGAUGACAGAGAAAAGAACUACAUAGAUUAGACUGUGGCGGACAUAGAUGCCUUGCAUAAAUGUAUAUUUGGCUAGGUGAAUGUAGCUUUUCAUGUAGCUUUUCUGUGACAAACAAAAUCAGAAAACCAGACAGACUAUUUUGCAUACUUGACAUAUAAUUUAUUACUUAGCUUUUCCUGAUGUUGGCAAGUUUCUAUAAAUCAAUGUCACAAACAGUUUAACAAUUUUUUUUAUUUGUGCUUCCUUCUGAAAGCUUUGAAAUGUAAAUGCAAAUAUAAAACAAUUUUAUAUGCGUUA